AUGGACGAGACAGGUGGCUGUUUUCAGACUAACGAAGUCCUGGAAAAGUAUUAUCUUUCUACCAUGUACAGCCUUGAGUUCAUUUUAGGCUUCACUGGAAACAUCAUUGUUGUGUUCGGCUACAUUUUCUGCCUGAAAAACUGGAAAAGCGGCAACAUCUACCUGUUCAACUUAUCAUUAUCAGAUUUAUUAUUUCUGUGUACUCUGCCAGUACUCGUGAACAAUUACUCCAGAGAUCAGUGGACAAAGCAGAGCAUCUUGUGCCACAGCAACAGAUUCCUGUUACACGCAAACCUGUACAGCAGCAUCCUUUUCCUCACCGUGAUCAGCAUUGACCGGUACAUGCUCAUGAAAUAUCCUUUCAGAGACCAUUUUCUACAGACGAGGAAAGCGGCCCUUAUCGUGUCUGUUGCCGUGUGGGUCGGGGUGAUACUGGAACUGCUGCCGUUGAUAUUCUUCCUGGAGACUGGAAUGCCUGCCAAUAAUUGUCUUGAUUACGCAAGCUCUGGAGACCCCAGGAAAAGCCUCAUCUAUAGCAUGUUUCUGACUGUCUUUAGUUUCCUUAUCCCUCUCGUGAUCAUGUGCAGCUUCGGUGUGAAAAUGGUUCUUUUUCUCAAAAACAGGAGUGAGCAACUCAGUUCCCUCCUGACACUUGAAAAACCUCUUACUUUAGUUGUCCUCACAGUGGUUAUCUUCUCGCUGCUCUUUACUCCCUACCACAUCAUGCGCAACGUCCGACUUGCUACCCGAAUACCAGCCUUGAACAUACCCAACUGCACGCAGGAGAUCAUCAACACCAUCUACAUCAUCACGAGACCCAUUGCGUUUUUAAAUAGUGCCAUUAAUCCUGUUUUCUAUUUCUUAAUGGGUGACCACUUCAGAGAGAUGUUGAUGGCAAAAAUAAGGCAGCUCUUCAGCAGGUUGACAGCCACCUGCAAAUGA